AUGACUGCCGAAAUCAAGGAUGACUCAGCUAUUGAGAAAGAGAUCGCACUGAGCUCAGAUGAAGACCUUGCUAAGCACAGAAGAUCUUCUAUCGAUGAUCAAAUUCCAGAUCCAGAUCCUGGUGCUACACCAGAGGAAAGAGCUGCGCUGGACAAGAAGUUGAUGCGCAAGGUUGACUUGUGGCUAAUUCCAUGGCUCUGUCUCCUCUAUCUAUUGUCCUUCCUGGACCGAACGAAUAUCGGCAAUGCACGCGCAGCUGGUAUGGAAGAAGAUCUCGACAUGUCGGGCCACGAUUACAACAACACGCUCACGAUCUUCUUCAUCUCCUACGCACUUGCCGAGCCAAUUACGAACGUUUUGCUCAAGCGUUUCACGCCGAGAAUCUUUUUUACGACGAUCAUCCUGAUCUGGGGUCUCGUUGCGACACUGAUGGGUGUGGUACACAACUAUGAGGGACUUCUUGCUUCUCGAUGGUUCCUCGGAUUGGCUGAGGCGGGUCUUUUCCCUGGUGUGAACUACUACCUCUCUUGCUGGUACAAGCGAUCUGAGCUUGGUCUUCGUGCUGCCACCUUCUUCUCCGCAGCCGCUCUGGCUGGCUCUUUCGGUGGACUGCUUGCUGCUGCAAUUGCACAGAUGGAUGGCGUGGGAGGACGUCCUGGUUGGGCCUGGAUUUUCAUCCUCGAAGGUCUCGCCACUAUGGCUGUGGGAGCCUUCUGUUGGUGGAUGGUCUUCGACUGGCCAGAUACUGCCCGCUUCUUGACUCCCGAGGAGCGCCUCCGCGUCCGCCGCCGUCUCGCAGAGGACAAGCAAUCCAGCACUGGGGAAGAGUACGACAAGCGCCACAUCAUUGCCGCAUUGAAAGAUUGGAAGUGCUGGGGUUACGCCGUGAUCUACAUGGGAAACCUCUGCCCACUCUACGCUUUCUCUCUCUUCCUCCCAACGAUCCUCACUGGUAUGGGCCACUCUGGCACAAAACUUCAGCUGCUUUCCGUCCCGCCUUAUGCCGUGGCUGCGACAAUGACCAUCUUGAUUGGAUACAUCGCCGAUCGAACGAGGCAGAGAGGUCUCUGUAACAUGUUCUCGGUUUCUCUCUCGAUCAUUGGAUUUGCCAUGCUUAUCGGAUCGGGCAACCCGAAUGUUCAGUACGGAGGCACCUUCCUCGGAGCCGCAGGAAUCUACCCAACAAUUCCAAACACUCUGACCUGGGCCUCGAACAACAUCGAAGGAGUCUAUAAACGUGGUGUCAUCAUUGGUAUCGUCGUCGGAUGGGGCAACCUUAACGGAGUCGUCUCAUCCAACAUUUACCUCAUCGAAGAACGACCACGUUUCUGGACAGGUCACGGAGUCGUCCUGGGAUACCUGGUAGCCUGCCUUUUGGGCGGAACAAUCUUCAUGUACACUACGCUGCGAGCUGAGAACCACAAGCGUCUCACUGGCAAGCGGGAUAACAUGCACGCUGGCAUGACGCCCGAUGAGAUCUGGGUCGCGGGCGACAACCGACCAGACUUCAUCUACGUGUUGUAAGAGGAACGAAGAGAGCAUGGCCUUUCUUUCCGAAGGAGGUCGUCGUUACCAGCCGUUAUCUUUGUACAUUGGACGAUGACUGCGAUAUACACAGAUGCCCAGUCGAGACACCUGACUUACAAGGAUCGCUCUCCUGGGCUACGAAUAGAAUGAUAUGAAUAAUCACCACA